AUGUCCCGUGUGAUUCUUCCCCUCUGUAUCUCUUUUCAAUGUCUUCAAAGUCCCUCUGUGAUUCUUCCCUGUGUAUUCUCUUUCUCUUCAAUGUCCCGUGUGAUUCUUCCCUUCUGUAUCUCUUUGUCUUCAAUGUCCCGUGUGAUUCUUCCCUCUGUAUCUCUUGUCUUCAAUGUCCUGUGUGAUUCUUCCCUCUGUAUCUCUUGUCUUCCCCUUGUGAUUCUUCCUUCUGUAUCUCUUUGUCUUCAAUGUCUCGUUUCUUCCCCUCUCUAUCUCUUGUCUUCCAAUACGUGUAGUUCUUCCCUUCUGUAUCUCUUGUCUUUGUGUCCCGUCUUCCCCUCUGUAUCUCUUGUCUUGCUGUCCCGUGUGAUUCUUCCCUCUGUCUUGUCUUCCAAUGACCCGUGUGAUUCUUCCCCUCUGUAUCUCUUGUCUUCAAUGUCCCGUCUUGAUUCUUCCCUCUGUAUCUCUUUGUCCCGUGUGAUUUCUUCCCUCCCUAUCUCUUGUCUUCAAUGUCCGGUGUGGUUCUUCCCCUCUGUCUCUUGUCUUCACUAUCCGUGUGAUUCUUCCCUCUGUCUCUUGUCUUCAAUGUCUCUUCCCUCUGUCUUUGUCUUCAAUGUCCCGUGUGAUUCUUCCUCUGUCUCUCUUUGUCUUCAAUGUCCCGUGUGGGAAAGUUCUUCCCUGUAUCUUGUCUUCAAUGUCCCCGUGUGA